AUGACUGAGCAGGCGAAGUCUUCGCCUCCUACUCAGGAACACCCAUAUCCACCGCCGACAAUCGUCCCAUACCCCCACCAAGCGUACAAUGGUGCAUUCCCGCCUCCUGGAGGCCCUGGGGGCUACCUGCCCCCUUUCUUUGCAUACCCCCACCCACCAGAGGGCAAUCAUCCAGAAGGCGCUCCCAACGGCGUUCCUCCUGGUCCAUACAUGAUUGGUCUUCCACCUGGCGUCGUCUACGCAUAUCCUCCUCCUCAGACACAAGCUUUUGGGGCACCACCUACGUCUCAACCUCCUCCUGCCCUGCGUCCCAAGCGCAAGCAGGUGAAGAUGGCUUGUACCAAUUGCGCCAGUGCAUGCAAACGAUGCGAUGAAAAUCGUCCCUGCGAAAGGUGUCUCAAGUAUGCGAUUGCAGACACUUGCGUUGACGGCCAGAGAAAGGAGAGAAAAAGAGGCAUCAAACGUGGUCCAUAUCGGCGCAAGUCCAAGAGUGAGGGCGAGGGCAGCAGUUACAGUGGUGCCGAAUGGCCCAACGGACAACCCCCAACCACAGCGGCGGCUCCUCCCCCUCCUCCAGUCCAUGCUGUCGCCCAGUACCCGCCGGAGGGCUACUAUCCUAUCUACUACCCUCCUCCUCCUGGCUUCAUGCCUCAUCCCCACGAUGGCCAACCAGGCCCAGACGGCUCUCCUCCCCACCCGAAUGCCCCCAUGAUGCCAUACUACAUCCCCGCUGGCGCCUACCCGCCCUUCCCCUAUCCCAUCUAUCCGCACGCUGGCCCUCCUCCUCCCGGCGCCCAGCCAGCCCCAGUGCCUCAACAGUCGCCGCCACAAUCCACCUCAGCUGCUGUCCAGCAGCCAGAAGCCCAGCCGCAGACGAUCAACCCAGCGGAUACUGCCAGGAAGCUAGACACGGCGACGAGCGCGACGAAUGGCGCAGAGGUUGCCACGGGCGGUAAGAAACGCUCGCGCGCGAACAAGAGCGGCGAGUCGAAGUCGAAGAGGGCCAAACGCGCUGAAAAGGAAAAGGAGGAAGAAGCCAACGGCACCAACGGCAUUGACCCUGCCGUUGCCAAUGGGGAUGACCACGAUAGCAGUGCCUAG